GAGCCUACCCUCGACCUGGGACUAAUGCUCCCACAGAGGUCCGUGCGGUGGUUUGGUCCGGCCUGGCCUACCCGACCUGCUAGAGCUUAAUCAGCCGCCGCUCAGCUGGUGGGCACCGGGCGCCGCCUCCUCCCAGCCUGUUGUAGGCUGCGGCGCUUCUGUGGGCGGGGGAAGGCUGGACUGACGCAGAAUGACAACGGCAACACGACAAGAAGUUCUUGGCCUCUACCGCAGAAUUUUCAGGCUUGUGAGGAAAUGGCAGGCUGCAUCAGGGCAGAUGGAAGACACCAUUAAAGAAAAACAGUACAUAUUAAACGAAGCCAGAACUCUGUUCCAGAAAAACAAAAAUCUAACAGACACAGACCUGAUUAAACAGUGUAUAGAUGAAUGCACAGCCAGGAUUGAAAUUGGACUACAUUACCAGAUUCCUUAUCCAAGGCCAAUUCAUCUGCCUCCUAUGGGCCUUAUCCCACUACGAGGCCGGGGACUUCGAAGCCAGGAGAAACUGAGGAAAUUUUCCAAACCAGUAUAUCUCAAGUCUCACGAUGAAAUUUCCUAACCCAGGAAAAAGUUUUUUUCUGAGAAAGAUGAGCCAACUAGGCCUUAAAUGUAAACAAGACAACAAAGCUCUUCUUGAUUAUGAGCAAAAAUCCAAAUAUCUUCUUA